UUCAAUUUGAGUGGUCUAAUCAAAAACUUAUUACACGCAUAAUUCAACAAUAUAUGAGACCAAUUUGAACAUUUUUGUCUAUUGAGCUUAAUACGUUGUUCAUCAUUGAUAGCAUGAGCUAAUAUCUGGACUGUGCAUAAAACAUGUCCAGUAGUGGCUACAGAUCCAAUCCCUCAACAGGGGGAAAUCUGGGCUCCCUGGCGUCCGGGAAGUCCCCCAGAUUCGACCCAAAUGACCCCAAACAACAGGAAAUUGUCCAGAAGCUACAGACAAAGCUGACUCAGUACAAAAAGAAGUGCGGAGAUCUGGAGACUCUGCUGAUCGAUCGAGCCCGGCAAAUAGACGACCUCACAGCCGAGCUGGAGAAGUUGAGGAGAGAGACAGAGAUGCAGUUGCACGAAGCAGAUGAGAAGAAUAGCCGACUGCAGGGGAAGAUGCAAAACGAGUUACAGGACGCACUCGCUCAACUGAAAGACGCAAAAACAAAGCUGCAGUCCCAGCAAAAGAGAGACGACAGUUCACGUCAGGAGUUUGACAUGCUCAAGUCGGAGAACAAGUCACUCAAGGACAAAGUGUCGGAACUGGCGCGGGAGAGCGAAAGUGACAAACUCAAACUGCAGAGGAUUGAACGGGAGGCCAAAAAAGAGGAACAGAAUUUCGACAAGUACCUGAGCAGUGAGCGAGACAUCCUCCUCGGCAUCUGGAGGAGCUUCAAAGGGAUCAAAGACGACUUCGUUGCUCUGAAGCGCAACACCGACUGGGACUUGACUGGGAUGCAGGAGCACCUGGCUAAAGUGUCUCAGAAGAGUGAGGACUUUGUGGAUGAGUUUGGACAGAGGGAGCGUGAACAGGAGAGGGUGAGUAGGGAGAGGGAGGGGCGGGAGGGGAGGAGGGUGGAGCAGAUGCAGAAGCAGGUGGGGGAGCAGGAGAAGAAGAUGAAGCAGAGGGAGGCGGACUGGAGUCACGAGCGGGAGGCCAUGAAGAGCCAAAUCGAAGACUUGCGAGAUGCGAUUGCGAAGCAGCAAGCAGAGGCGGAGGAGAGAAGGGCAAGGGCAGAGGAAGCCGAGAGAACGAGGGACGGUGAUGCGGAAAAGCUGAAGCAAUUGGAUGAUCACGUGUCAACUCUGAAUGCAUACAUUGAGGAGAUUGGACAAGCAGUUCUCGCAGACGCCGCCCAGGGAAACUCUCUCUUUGCGAAUGAGUUCGACGUGAAACUCACCGGCGACGACUUCAUAAACCUCAGAUCCCGAUUGGACAACGCGAGCAGGUCAUCAUCCCUCAGAAGGGGAGGGACAGCUUCUAGGUCUAGAUCUCCUGAUUUGGCACACUCAGUUUCAAAUGCAGUUCAAGUGGCGCUCAAGAAACGACAGAUGCAAAUUGAGGAAGCCUUGAAGAAGUCAGGCGACACUGUGGAGCAAGUGGAGAGUGCGGAGGCGAGGGCGGAGGCGAAGGAGCGAGAGGCGGAGUAUCUGGAGAGGGCCACGAACAGUCUGAAGGGGGAGUUGAAUGAUAUAAAGAAGGUGGCAGACAGUGCGUUGAGAGACAGGGACAGAAUGCACAAACAAGUGGCCAAGUUGGAGAGAGACAAGAGUAAUCUUGAGAACAUAAUGGCUGAAGUGAGUAAAGCGAGGGAGGAGAUGGUGGCAGAGAGGGCGGAGAUGACCUAUAAGCAGGAACAGCUGCUGGCCAAACAGGACGCCUUCGAGGAGACUCUGGCAGAUCUGGAGAACGACAACCUGCACAAGUCCAAGGAGAUCAGCGCAAAGGAGCAGCAGAUGGGGGAGUUGAGGGAGCACGUGACCCAGUUGGAGAGACAGACGGAUGCCAUGAAGAGCGAAGUGAGGCGACAGAAGAGGGAGAGAGAGGACGCCCAACACCAACUCAACCAACUCACUGACGCCUUGGCCGAUGCGGCGCGAGAGAAGGAGGAGUUGAAGGCUAAAUUGAAUGACAAGACCACGAAGGAAAAGGAAGUGUCCACUCUCAAGGAGGCCCUCGUGGACCUGCAGAAACUGAACGAGGAGCUGGGCAACGAAAAGAUACAACUAAACCAGGCGUUCCAUCCGUUCCUGAAUGUGAUAUCAGGGCUACAAACUGAACUGGCGGCUGCGGCUCUGAGCCAGGGCGAGACCCAAGCUGAGAUGGCUAAGCGGAAUUCGGAAGUGAGCCGGAUUAGAGGGGAGGCUAAAGAAUGGGAGAGUGAACACUACAUGUUGUCGGAACAACUCAGUUAUGCAGAACGGACGAUUGCAGAUCUGAAUGAUUCAGUGAGGAAACUGGACCAGGAGAAUACUUCAUUGAAAAAGAAUCUAAAAGAGAGUGAGCGAACUAAUAAUGCCCUGGCUGAUGAACUACGACUGGCAAAGAGUGAACUGCUGACAUGUGGGAAGGAGAUGGAGUCUCUCUCCGCAGAGAGAGGUCAGUUGAGGUCAAAUAAAUUGGAUCUGGAGCUGAAGUUAGAGGAGACGAAACAAAGACUGCAACAGCAGGCGGAGGCCAAUCAGAAGGCAGAACUGGCAAAGGACUACUUGGAGGCGAGUGUGACAGAGGGCAACUAUGCGAGGAACAGACUGGCAGCCACCCAGAGAGACCUCGAGGGUGAAGUGAGGGAACUCAAGGCCAAGGUCGACCGGGAACGCGAGAAUGGAAUGUGGCAGAAGCACAAACUGGAGACAGAGUUGAGUGAGAGAGUGAAGGAAUUGGAAUCUAUAAGGACACAAUUGAGCAGACAGGAGGAUGAGCAGACCAAAAAAGAACAGACGCAGAAGAAGAAGCAAAAUGAAGAGAGAGUCAAGGCUAAUGAAGAGAAGGAAUCUCUGUUGCGUGACUUCGACAAUCAGAAACUAGUUCUGAAGAGUGAACAUGAACAAGAGUUGAAGAUACUGAAGGACAAGUUGGAACAGGAGAAGUCCGCUGCUGCCUCUGAGUUGAGAUUGCGACUAGAGGCCGAGAAAGAAGACCUCGUCCAACUGUUCAAUGUCGACAAACUCAGUGCCAACAUGGUCCAGGAGAAACAGAAGGACCAGAUGUAUGAACAGAUUAAGGCCUCCAAGCAGAAAGUGGAGGACCUGGUCAGAGAGCAGAAUCAGCUGAAGGAGAGACUGAACAACCAAGAAGAUGAGACGAGGACCAAACUGGCGGAGAAAGAGGACCAUGUCAGGAAACUCAAGAACGCCAUCGAGGAAAAAGAAGAUGACUGCCGACACUUGGAACGACAGAUGGGAGAGGAGGUGCGGAAGAGGGAGGAGAGGUUGGGGGAGUUGCGGAGGGAGAAGGGGGAGUUGGAACUGGAUCUAGCCAGAGUGAGCGAGGCCAGACAGAGUGCCAGAAUGCAGUUGAUGGAGACACAGAAGCUGCUCAAAUCAGCCGAAACGCAGUCGGAUCUCGUGCAGCAGGAUGCGAACAGACUACGAGAAGCACUGGACAAAGAGCAACAGGAGAGGAAAAAACUGGAGACGAAGGCGGCCGAAUCGGAAAAGGAGUGCGAGACACUUAAAAAAGAGAUAGCAGGGCUGGAGAAGACUAAAGAGGAACUAUCACAGUCUCUUACUGAAACCCAACGCCGCGAAAAGACACUCUCUUCUGACGUCACCACUCUAAUGCAGACACUGCAGGGGGUGGAUGGAAAACUGGAGAUUGAGAGGAGGAAGUAUGAGGUGGUGUUGGGGGAGGGGAAGAGGUAUGAGGCAGAGGCUGUCCAGUUGAGACAGCGGGUGGGGCAAGUGGAGGAGCAGAGGAGAGAGACGGAGGAGGAUGUGGAACAGCUGAAGGCCACCGAGUUCAGACUACGCACACAGAUUUCGGACAUGGAGCGACUGAGUUCGCAGCAGCAGGUGUCCAUCUCGGAACUAAGUCGGAAACUCCAGGAGGCGGUGGAGAGUGCGAAGAGUGUGGACUUCAGACACCGGGGUCACGUGACCAGACUGGCCGAAGAGAUCAUUCAGCUUAAGAACAGGGCUAGUUCGGAUCAGGAGGCUCUUGAAGAAGCGACCGACCAAGUAGCCAAUCUGAAGUCAGAACUAGAAGAGAAAACAGCCAAACUUGAGAAAGCGGAACAGAGCACAGAUAGACUAAAAGACUCCCAACUCGACACCGACCGGAAGUUGUGCCAGUUGUAUAACAAUAUUAGAAACACGUUCCAGAUGAGAAACACUGCCUUAGGUAGCCAGACUGUGGUGACUGGAUUUGGAGGUCAAGUUGUGACUACUAACAGGUUCCCAUUUGCUACAAUCAGUUCAACGAAGAGCUCCCAAAACCCAAAAAGUGGUCUGACAACAGCGGAGAGGUCAAUCAAAGCGAUCGAUAUCGAGACAGUCAGGGCAGCCAUGGAAGACAUCAUUAAACAGUGCAAGAGCUCAGAGGAUACCAAACAGACUCUGGAACAACAGCUGAAGCUUAAGGAGGCGAAACUUAAUGAGUUGUCCUCUAGCCACGAACUGUCGGAGCAGAGUCUGAAACAGAUGAGAGAAAAAUACGACGAAACUUACUCGGAACUGAGCAAGGCGAAUGUGAAGUUGGACUCCUAUCGUAAGAUGCAGAAGACGCAGAGUGACAUAGUGGCGAGUAAGGAGGAGAGUGUCAGUGGACAGCAGAGGAGGAUCGAGGAGCUGGAGGGGGAGAUAGAAAAGAAGAGGGGGGAAGUGACUCAACUGAGAGAGAAAAACACCGCUUUAAACGAGGAAAUGAGGAAGUGCAGGAGUGAGUUGGAGAGGGUGGGGGUGGAGGUUAGAGAGCAGAGCAGUGCGAGACAGAAGGAGAGUGUGUUGCGCAGUCAGUGGGAGGACCAGAUGAACUUGACAGUCGCCCAACUCACACUCAAAGAGGAAGACGUCAAGGACAUGAAAAACACAAUCAACGAGCUGACAAAACAACUGGCUGAUCAGAAAAGCCAAGCGGAGACAGCUGUAUCCCAACACAAGGAGAGCGCAGUCAAGCUGAAGGAGAGGGCAAAGGUCACUGAGGAGCAGAUGAAACAACAGAUUGAUUCUCUGAAGUGUGAGCUUGAUGAGGUGAAGAGGGAUCGUGAGGAGGAGCGAAGAAGGCUGAGGAAGAAGGCAGAACUGGAACACGACAGGGGGGAGGAGUUUGGGCGCAAUAUGCAGACUAAACUUACCAACAUGAGGGAUGCUCUGGACAAGAUGACAGUUGAAAAGAGGAGUUCUGAUGAGUCAGUGAGGUCAAUGCAGAUCCAGAUCCACAGUCUGGAGAGGGAGAGGGAGGAGCGGAGGGAGGAGCUGAAGAGUCUCAGGGCCGCCCAGGAGGCCAGACAGAAAUCGGACACCGACUUGGCCGCCAAAGUCAAGGAGCUGGAAGAUGAGAACAGACGUCUGGAGGGGGAGUUGAGGAGCCUGAAGGGGGAUGUGUUGCUGAAGGAGAGGGAAUCGAAUGCCCAGCUGGAGAACCUCCUCAGGGCGGAGAGAGACCGACAGAUGCUGCAACUCACAGUGGACAAAUUGCAAAAAGAAACAGCCAAACAAAAAGAAUACGCUUUGAGCCGAACCCAAGCGACCACGAUAGGUCAUCUACUAGACACAGUAUCCCAAAUUGACCUAAAUCAACCUCAGCCAAACACUUUCUCACAACCACAGCUUAAUAUUCCAUCUUCAACAUUGCCUUCAGCUAGUAGUCUGACCAUGCCAGUAGCUCCGCAGACAAGAAACCAGUUGUUAAAUGGAGUUGGAUCAUCGUCAAUUCUUGGAUCCUCGACGCCAAGGCUAUCGGGAUUUGGUACAAGUCACGCGUCUUCUAGUCAAGUAACACCUUCUUACGGUGCAGGUGCCAAUCGAUCUAGCCCCAAUCCUUUGGAAACGAGAAUGGGCCACCUGACUUGUAACUGGGAGAGGAUUUAUCUUUUGAGAACUGAAGCAGAAGCUGAAAGCUCAACAGAGAGCGAGACAGACAAAGAGAGAGAGAGAACGAACACAGAGAAGUAUCCGAAGAAAAUGGAUCGGGACAAUCUAUUAGCAAACGAAGUAUUCAUCAAAGCGAGAGUUGACGAUGUGUUUCUGCUGGGAGCUGAACUAGGAAGUGUAUCUUGUUCGAACUGGAUCAACUGUAUUGAGCUUGGUGUAAAUCAACUGUUCCAUAGUGCCGGCAGGUGA